AUGGCUACCCUUUUGAGCGUGCUCUAUGUUGUCUUGGCUGUGAUGAAUAGCCCCGUCAAAAUAGCUGCUAGGGAAUUCAGAGUGGGUGGUGACUUGGGUUGGCAUGAACCUGCCCCCAAUGACACUGCAUUUUAUAAUCAAUGGGCUUCAAUCAACAGGUUUCAAGUUGGUGACUCUUUAGUUUUUGAGUACCAGAAUGAUUCAGUUGUGAUUGUGGAGAGAUGGGAAUACUUUCACUGUGACUCAACCAGCCCCAUCAACAUGUUUGACGAUGGGAACAGCACAGUGAUUCUUGACAGCCCUGGGAUGUUCUACUUCAUCAGUGGAACUGAAGAUCGUUGCCAGAAAGGGGAGAAAUUGAUUGUAGAAGUCAUGUCACCACACCCAAUUACAAAGUCUCCACCCUCCAUUGCUUCAAUUCCACCACAAGCUUUCCCACCAUCGCCUCCUUCUCAUAGCCAUGGCUCAAGGGUUUCUGUGCACAAUUGUGAUGUUUUAAACAGCCAAGACGAUUAUCAUCAUGUGACAUGUUCGAUAAAACCAUCUAUUGUUUCCGAUUUUUUUGAGGAAGACACACGAUUAAGCCACAUAAGGAAGGGGGUUGAAGAUGAAUAG